AUGCGAAAUUUCAGCCAUUUUGCUUUCUCACAUCGCGUCCCCCACAUGAUAUCAUCAAGCGUUCGCAUGAUAUUGAAAGAAUUACAAACAAAAUGGAGGAGCUUUACAAUUACACUUGCUGACUCUUACCUUACCCUUGCCAAACACUUACAGAUGACUGAAUACGCCUUGAAAGAGUUAGAAUCUUUAAAAAGUGAAAAGCCUCUUGAAGCAAUUCAGCAGCUCCAUCGGUUCAUCAUACCAAAAGCCAGCAAGUUUACCAAAUGGCUUAUUAUCGUGGACAAUGUAAUUGACUUGCGUUUAGUCCGCGGCUUGCUGCCUCAAACAGGCAGCGUGGAAUGGGGCCAUGGUCAAGUCUUGAUUACCACUCAAGAUAGUGGUAUAAUUCCUCAAAACGCGCCUCAUACGUAUCAUGAAUCUUUAAGUAAAGGAAUGAAGUUAGAUGAGGCGGUGAAAUUGCUGGAAACACUAACGCAAAUUUCAGAGCGAGGACAAGAAGAAAUUGUCGCUGAACUUCUCGAUUUUCAGCCACUGGCCUUAGCUGCUGCUGCUUAUUACGUGCAAACUGUUGUAAACAGUGGGUCUUUAAAUUAUGAUUGGAAAGCGUACCUCGACGACAUAUCAACAUAUGGCCAAAGAAAUGAGAUUGAAAGUGUCCUUGCGACUGAGAGUUCAGCAUAUUCUAAAACAACAAUGGCCGCUGUAGAAAUGGCCAUCAAGAGAGCUGCCGACGUUGACGAGGUUCUUCGUCAGACAUUUUCUUUUCUUUCUCUUUGCGCUAAAGAAGAUCUCCCCCUCGAAACUGUUUCAAAGUUCGUCAAAGCCCAAGUAAAAGACCAGCCAGAGGAGUUAAUAAAGGCAAAGAUUGUAAGGUCUUCUUUACUUCUUGUUUAUUCCGAAGAAGGAAAUAAACCAAUAACUUAUUUGCGCUUGCAUAAAAUUGUGUAUGAAGCUUUAAAGCAAGCCAAAAUGUUAAAUUUAAAAUCAUGGGAGUAUGACCAACAUAUGGCAGAAGCGGUAAAGAUUUUCAAGUCCCAGCUUGAAGGAAAUAGCGAAAAGUAUGCGUUUUGCAAAAAAUUGACGCCCCAUUGUGAAUCUUUACUUAAUCACAUGACGUUAGAGUUCAGUUUCGAUCAAUACACUUUCAAAAAAAGGCUUACGCCCUUUGUAGAUUUGGAUAUUGUUAUCGAUUGGCUGUGUACAAUUGCCAGUGUCUGUCUUAACAAUUCUUAUUACUUUUUCGCGAGAAAAGUGGUCGGUUUAGCACGCAAUCUAUUGGAGGGCAUAGACGAAACUAAUUCACGUGCAUUAGCUCGAAAAGCGAGAAUUUUCAACACGAGUGGUUUAGUAUACUGGAGGCUAGGAGAACACAAUCAAGCCAAAGAACUUCAGGAAAAAGCAAUUGUGAUUCGCAAAAAGAUUUUUGGUGAAGAUCAUGCCGAUGUAGCAAAAAGUUAUAACGACUUGGCCUUAGUGUACGACAGCCUGGGAGAAUACAAUCAAGCCAAAGAACUUCAUGGAAAAGCAGUGAUAAUUUACAAAAGGAUUUUCGGUGAAGAUCAUGCCGAUGUAGCAACAAGUUAUAACAAUUUGGCAUUGUUGUACAACAGGCUGGGAGAAUACAAUCAAGCCAAAGAACUUCAUGAAAAAGCAGUGAUGAUUUACAAAACGAUUUUCGGUGAAGAUCAUGCCAACGUAGCAACAAGUUAUAACAACUCGGCAUUGUUGUACAACAGGCUGGGAGAAUACAAUCGAGCCAAACAACUUCACGAAAAAGCACUUGUGAUUCGCAAAAAGAUUUUUGGUGAACAUCAUGCCUGUGUAGCAACAAGUUAUAAAAACUUGGCACCAGUGUACAACAGGCUGGGAGAAUACAACCGAGCCAAAGAAUUUCACGAAAAAGCACUUGUGAUUUACAAAAAGAUAUUUGGUGAAGAUCAUGCCAAUGUAGCAACAAGUUAUAACAACUUGGCAUUGCUGUACAACAGGCUGGGAGAAUACAAUCGAGCUAAAGAACUUCACGAGAAAGCACUUGUGAUUCGCAAAAAGAUUUUUGGUGAAGAUCAUGCCGAUGUAUCAACAAGUUAUAACAGCGUGGCAUCAGUAUACAACAGGUUGGGAGAAUACAAUCGAGCCAAAGAACUUCACGAAAAAGCACUUGUGAUUUACAAAAAGGUUUUUGGUGAAGAUCAUGCCGAUGUAGCAACAAGUUAUAACAACUUGGCAUCAGUGUACGACAGACUGGGAGAAUACAAUCAAGCCAAAGAUCUUCACGAAAAAGCACUUGCGAUUCGCAAAAAGAUUUUCGGUGAAGAUCACGCCGAUGUAGCAACAAGUUAUAACAACUUGGCAUCAGUGUACAACAGGCUGGGAGAAUACAAUAGAGCUAAAGAAAUUGACGAAAAAGCACUUGUGAUUCGCAAAAAGAUUUUUGGUGAAGAUCAUGCCGAUGUAGCAAGAAGUUAUAACGACUUGGCAUCAGUGUACGGAAGGUUGGGAGAAUACAAUCGAGCAAAAGAACUUCACGAAAAAGCACUUGUGAUUCGCAAAAAGAUUUUUGGUAAACAUCAUGCCGAUGUAGCAACAAGUUAUAACAACUUGGCAUCAGUGUACAGAAGGUUGGGAGAAUACAAUCGAGCAAAAGAACUUCAGGAAAAAGCACUUGUGAUUCGCAAAAAGAUUUUUGGUGAAGAUCAUGCCGAUGUAGCAACAAGUUAUAACGACUUGGCCUUAGUAUACGACAUCCUAGGAGAAUACAAUCGAGCCAAAGAACUUCAUGAAAAAGAAGUGAAGAUUUACAAAACGGUUUUUGGUGAAGUUCAUGCCAAUGUAGCAACAAGUUAUAACAACUUGGCAUUGUUGUACAACAGGCUGGGAGAAUACAACCGAGCCAAAGAACUUCACGAAAAAGCACUUGUGAUUCACAGAAAUACUUUUGGUGAGGAUCAUGCCUGUGUAGCACAAUUUAUAACAGCUUGGCAUCAGUGUACAGCAGGUUGGGAGAAUACAAUCGAGCCAAAGAACUUCACAAAAAAGCACUUGUGAUUUACAAAAAGAUUGUUGGUGCAGAUCAUGCCAAUGUAGCAACAAGUUAUAACAACUUGGCAUUGGUGUACAACAAGCUGGGAGAAUACAAUCAAGCUAAAGAACUUCACGAAAAAGCACUUGUGAUUAGCAAAAAGAUUUUUGGUGAAGAUCAUGCCUUUGUAGCAACAAGUUAUAACGACUUGGCAUCAGUGUACAGAAGGUUCGGAGAAUACAAUCGAGCAAAAGAACUUCAGGAGAAAGCACUAGUGAUUCGCAAGAAGAUUUUUGGUGAAGAUCAUGCCGAUGUAGCAACAAGUUAUAACGACUUGGCCUUAGUGUACGACAGCCUGGGAGAAUACAAUCGAGCCAAAGAACUUCAUGAAAAAGCAGUGAAGAUUUACAAAACGAUUUUUGGUGAAGAUCAUGCCAAUGUAGCAACAAGUUAUAACAACUUGGCAUUGUUGUACAACAGGCUGGGAGAAUACAAUCGAGCCAAAGAACUUCACGAAAAAGCACUUGUGAUAGGCAAAAAAGUUUUUGGUGAAGAUCAUGUCGAUGUAGCAACAAGCUAUAACAACUUGGCGUCAGUGUACAACAGGCUGGGAGAAUACAAUCAUGCUAAAGAACUUCACGAAAAAGCACUUGUGAUUCGCAAAAAGAUUUUUGGUGAAGAUCACGCCUAA